UUAAAUGGUUGACGUCACUUCGCACCGCCGGACCGGAAGGAAGUGGGUGUUAGCUGACUGAAGUUAGCGAGAGACAACUACGAAGUCUGCUGUGGGUUCUAUGGAAGAGAUGUCAGGAGAGAGUGUGGUGAGCUCGGCAGUGCCGGCAGCUACUACCCGGACUACGUCCUUCAAAGGCUCUAGCCCCAGCUCUAAAUAUGUUAAGUUAAAUGUGGGUGGAGCCCUGUACUACACUACGAUGCAGACACUAACCAAGCAGGACACCAUGCUUAAAGCCAUGUUCAGUGGUAGGAUGGAGGUCCUCACAGAUAGUGAAGGAUGGAUCCUGAUUGAUCGCUGUGGGAAACAUUUUGGAACAAUCCUCAACUACCUUCGAGAUGGCGCAGUCCCACUCCCAGACAGCCGUCGGGAAACCGAGGAGCUUCUCGCUGAAGCAAAGUAUUACCUUGUCCAAGGCCUAGCUGAUGAAUGUACAGCGGCCUUGCAGAACAAAGAAACGUAUGAACCCCUUUGUAAAGUGCCUCUGAUGACAUCAUCAAAGGAAGAACAGAGGCUUAUCGCUACCUCGAAUAAGCCUACUGUCAAACUGCUGUAUAACAGAAGCAACAACAAAUAUUCAUAUACCAGCAAUUCUGAUGACAACAUGCUAAAAAAUAUUGAGCUAUUCGACAAGCUGUCCCUGCGGUUCAAUGGUCGAGUCCUCUUCAUCAAAGAUGUGAUUGGGGAUGAGAUCUGUUGUUGGUCAUUUUAUGGCCAGGGGCGUAAGAUUGCGGAAGUGUGUUGCACUUCCAUUGUUUACGCCACAGAAAAGAAGCAGACAAAGGUUGAGUUCCCCGAGGCUCGAAUCUAUGAAGAGACCCUCAACAUACUUCUGUAUGAGUCCCAUGAUGGUCGGGGUCCUGACAAUGCUCUUCUGGAGGCCACAGGGGGCGCUGCUGGGCGGUCUAAUCAUCUGGACGAAGACGAGGAGCGAGAACGGAUCGAGAGAGUUCGAAGGAUUCAUGUCAAACGUCCUGACGACCGCACACACCACCACCAGUGACUUUGCUCCCGUGACCCGUCGACCUGUGUCUCUCACCCGGAUAGUCUUUGCACCACGUUUGUGCCUUACAACACCCAGCGCCCUCUUACUUCCCUACUUCCCCUCUUAUUUUUACCAGCUUUCUCCAGGAGAUUAUCGUGAGAUGAGUGUUAUUCAACAGCGUGUAGUGGUGGAGUUUUGUUUGUGUUUGUGUGUUUUUUUGUGUUGUCUUCAUUGUUGUGUGGUGAGACUGUAGUGUGUUAACUGUUUGUUAUCCAUGAUGACUCCUUUCACUGUUUUCUGCUACUGUGCAGAAACUUUUAGACAUGGGUGUUUGCAUUCAGAACUGGCGGUGACCACACGUUCACCGAAGUGCGUAGGAAAGAAAAGAACAGUGUGUUGACAGUGUAAAUCUGUUAUUGGAGGUCCUAACUAUAUUACAUCCAGGAACUAUAUUGAUGCAAGCAGCUAAAAUUAUUGUACAUAACUUUGCUUAUCUUUUCCAUGGCUCCGACGGGUCCACUGUAACGUCACCAGUGGAUGAACCAGGUGUUGUACACAAUGGGGCCACGUGGUGGCACUGUUUUACUCUUAGAAGAUCUUACCAGGGCUAUUUUGUAGCCUGCUGAUAUUAGUAGUUAAACCUUUUUUGAGAAUUUAAUAAGAUUUUUAUACAGUUAAACUAUCACAGAUGGAUGUGGCAUUUCACUGUAGUGUGUCAGCCAUGUUUAGUUUUAACACUGAUGCAGUUUUCCCUCAUUCCACGGAACAAAUCAUUAUUUUCAGUGAAGGGAACUUGAGCUGCGACCCGAGGUGUUAAAUGUACUGGGCUGAUUGAAUGGUGGAUGCCGAGGUUGAAGUGAAUGACUGUAACCAGAGAUCUCGCUGGCAGGAAGGGAACCCUGUCUACAAGGUUUUAAUAGGGAGACAAAUUAGACCUGUCCCUCCUCACUGCAUUCAUUUGAGAAUGUACUGUUUGCACACUAUAGGGUUUGAGUUGAAAUAUGUCUAACAAUCACAAGUACUUGUAGGGCUGUUGUACAGAAGUGAACACAAACGUAUGUUUUAUAUUUAUACAUACUUUAUCACAAAUAAAUUUCUACAGACA